UCGGCCGGCCCCGGCUGCAGCGAGACGGUCACGAAACCGAGUUCACUGUUGGUCCUGGACUCGGGAGCGCGACGGGCCGGACCGCCGCCACCAUGCAGCUGCGCGGCGAGGAACACACCGUCACCCGCAACAACAACGCCGUCAACGAGCUGGAGGCCGUGAGGCUGAGGAGCACAGAUGAUCGUCGCUUGUCCCGAAGUGCACCUGCCCUGGCACAGGUUGCCGAGGACCAAAUCCGUGAUCUCAAGGCCGCCAUGGGGGAGACCCGCCGCGACGGCAGCCCCAAGGCAGACGGCGCCCCCGGUAGCCGGCGCAAGCGGCACCUCCCUGACAAGGAGUUCCAUGUCCGCAACUCGCUCCUCAGCAGCCUGUUCUUCUUAGACCACAUCAACACCAUCUACCACGUGGCCGUGAUGGUGCUCAUCGUGCUGGUGCUCAAGACCCUGGUGACGGACCUGGUGGAGCACGGCACGGUCAACUUGAGCAUGGACCUGAUCUGGUACUCGUUCGGGGGCUUCCACCGUGCCAUCAUCAUCUGGCUGGUCAUGAUGGCGAGCGUGCUCAUGCAGUACGUGUUCUUCACGAACUGGGCGUCGCGCCGGCAGCAGAUGCCAG